ACAGCUAACUCAUUCCAUCGGACUGGGCUUGGCGUUGAAUUUCUCUGUAUUUUUCUAUGAAAUUUUGAGCUCUCCUGAAAGAGCCUGUCAUCUCGCAAAGCAAGCUUUUGAUGGAGCUAUCUCAGAGUUGGACAGCUUGAGUGAGGAAUGUUAUAAAGACAGCACACUCAUCAUGUAACUUUUGAGAGACAAUCUCACUUUGUGGACAUCUGACAUCAGAAGAGGAUGGAGGUAACUUAAUACUUUUAGCAAGAGAAAAAAAGAGAGAGAGAGUAAUUACUAAGUUAAACGAGUUCAUCUGACAUUUAUACGUUAUCCUCAAACUUCAGUAGACGCUUUUAUUUUCAUUUAUUUUUAAUGGACUUCUACCCUUUGUUCAACUUGGCUUUCCUUAUAAAAAAAAAAAAAACUUACAUUGCGUUUCAUGUUGCUAUGAAGUGUCAAGUUUAUUUAAAAGCAAAAUUUAUGACCAAAGUCUUCCAGUGCUUCAUAUAUAGUUGUGGUAGUGAUGUAGCGUAUUGUCCUUUUCUCCUGGCAGUAGCCAUUUCCAUCAUUUGUUUCUUUCUGUCGGCAGGUUUUGCAUUAGUUAGUAUCUAAAAACAGUACUUGAAAUAGAUGACUAAUUUUUCUCAUAGGUAACUGCAAAGAUGUCCUUUGCAGCUUUGUUUUAAGGUUCCUUUUGGAUUAUGUUAGUCAAUUUAGAUAUUAAGCAAAAUAAGUGACUAUUUAGAAUAAUUUCAAACUUUUAUCCGCAAGUAUCCUCGUUUUGUUCCUGGGGAUCAUGAUUUUGUACGGAAUUUUAGGUGACCUUCAUGUCAUACAUUCUCAUGGAUGACUUACUCAUGGAUAAGUUUAAGGUACAAUGUGGAGAAUCCUAUUCCCUAUUCAGGUUUAUCUGGAAAUUGAUGUGGUUUCAACUUGAUAUUAGGUUGCUAAUAUUUGAAUCCUUCCAUUUUUCUCAGGACCUCAUUUCCAUAAUAUUUUUAUUUUUAUAAUUCCUCAUUUCCACAAAUGUAAUUGGAGGUAUAUAAUUUGUUGCUUCUGCUGAACAUUUGUGAUCCAAAUUUACCUCUCACUACAUUAUCUUCGUCAUUGAGUUGAGAGACAAUAGCGGGUCAAUAAACAUUUUACCACCACACAGUAACGUUAGAGAAAAAUGACAACCUCAAAAGAAGAACCACCUCUCCAUCAAAAACUGUAUAUAAAAGACAGCCCUGUCUAGUGUCUGCCCCCUACACAGUCCUCCUCCAAGCCACAUCUAUCCAUACAAGCAAUAAAAAGAAAGAAGAAAAAAAGAAAAAAACAGUAGCAAUGGCAAAGUCUCUCAAAGUUAUCAUCUUCCUGGCCUCCGCCAUUUGCUUAUUGUCCCUCCUCGGGAUCGUGAAUGCUGAUCCCACAUUUAAUGUGGAGGGCAAGGUGUAUUGUGACACAUGCCGUGCCCAAUUCCUCACCCGAGUCAGCAAGUUCAUGAAAGGUGCAAAGGUGAGACUGGAGUGCAGAAACCGUGAAGGCGGGGAUUUAACAUACAGCGUGGAGGGUGAGACUGAUGCGAAUGGAGGUUAUCGUCUCACUGCAACAGGAGACCAUGAGGAGGAGGUUUGCGAGGUCGUGCUUGUGAAAUCUAGCAUGCCUGAAUGUUCCGAGGAAUCCACAGCCGAGUACCUCAGGAAGACUGCUAGAAUUAGCCUUACAACCAACAAUGGCAUCUCGUCUCCUGUUCGUGAUGCCAAUCCUCUAGGCUACAUGGUUAAGGAACCCAUUCCUGAGUGCACUGAGGCACUCAGGGAACUCGGAAUCACCUCCGACGGCCUUGUUUAAAUUGCAUGAUCAAUUGAUCAAAUCCUUUCUGUCCAACAAUUAUAAAUAAAUUUUACGGGAGAGAAACAAAUUUGUAUUGCAUCUGUUCUUCCAACUAAGGCAUUCUGCUUUUUUAUUACUCCAGUAUGGUUGGUGGGGUUUUUUUGCAAACGUUGUUUCUAUGUUAUGUUUGUGUUGGAUGUAAUCUGCUCACUGUAACGGAAGAUUUAAAAGAAAUGCAAAAGGGGUUUUCUGA